GCAGCCAUGGCCCCGCGCACCGCCCUCUCUCUGCUGGCGCUGCUGCUCGCGCUCGCCCUGGCAGCCGCCAGGCAGCGCUCGCCGUCGCGCAUCCCCUGGUGGAACAUCAAGGUCGCCCAGGAGCAGGGGCCCAACGCUUGUGUUGUGGAGGAAGUACCCGGGACGAAGCUGCGAUUCUACACAGAGUGCAAGUACUGGCGCAACAGAGACAUCUGCGGACAAAAAACGGUGAUCCGCUACGAGUGCUGUGAAGGCUACCAGCAAGUCGCCCGCGAGCCAGGCUGCGCAGGAGUGCGGCCGCUGAAGAACGUGCUGGAGACGGCGCGCGAGCGAGGCGCGGCCAAGUUCGUGAGCUACGUGGAGCAGGCGGGGCUGGCCGACGUGCUCGCCGGCGGGCGCGCCGUCACGCUCUUCGCGCCGCUCGACCACACCUUCGACGAGCUGUCCCGGGAGGAGCGCGCGCGCCUGACGGACCAGUCGCUGCUGCUGUACCACAUGGUGUCCGGACGCGUGCCGUCGCAGCACUUCCGGGCCGACCUGCUGCUGGAGUCGCGCUACACCGGACAUCACCUGCGCGUCAACAAGUACGCCAGCGGGGUGGAGACGGUGAACUGCAAGCGGAUCGCGCGCCGCGACCUGGAGGCGACCAACGGAGUGGUUCACCUGGUGGACGGCGUGCUGGACCCCGUCUUCGUCGAGAAGAGGGACGUCGCUGAGAUCAUCAUGGAGGACGGGCGCUUCUGGCAGCUGGCGAAGGCGAUGGAGCAGUCGGGGCUGGUGAACCGGCUGCGCGGCUCGCACCAGCCGUGCACCGUGCUCGCGCCCUCCGACGAGGCCUUCCAGAAGAUCCCCAAGUCGCGCCUCGACCGCAUCCUGCAGGACGACGCCGCCAGGGAGGCGCUGCUGGCGAACCACGUGCUGCCGCACCCGGUGUGCCUGGCGGCGGUGCUGGGCGAGCAGAAGCUGCGCACGCUGGGCGAGCCGCACCUCACCUUCGACUGCGACAAGAACGGCGCCAAGGUGGAGGGCAAGCGCCUGCGCGCAGACUUCACCAUCGGCCGCAACGGCGUCCUCUACAUGAUUGACGACCUGCUGCUGCCUGACAGGGCGAAGAGCUUGCUGCAGCUGCUGCAGCAGGAGCGGCUGUACUCCUUCAUGCAAGUGGUGGGCACCGCCGGACUGGACGACGCCUUCGACAACUACGGCGAGUACACCGUGUUCGCUCCGGACGACCAGGCCAUGGAAGCGCUGCCUCCACAGCGCCUGCAGGAACUCCGCACACAGCGGGAAAAGGCCCGCCAGUUCGUCCUCUUCCACGCCACCCAAGGCCGCAUCAACAGCCACGACUUCACAGACAACCAGGUGCUGAUGUCGCUGGACGAGACACACCCGCUGCGGCUGCAGGUCUACCGCAAGGCGCUGGGCGUGGAGGACGCAAUGCUGCGCAGGCCCGACAUCCACGGCAUGAACGGCUGCAUACACGUCAUCAACAAGCCGCUCCAACCCCCCAACAGCUCGGCCGGCGACAUCCUGCGCCGCGACGGAAACUUCACCAUCUUCCUGUCAGCGAUGGAGCGCGUCAUGCGGUCCAACCCUGACCUCCUGCAGCUGGAGAAGACCACGUCGUCCGCCUCUUCUUCCUCCUCGUCGUCGUCCUCGUCGUCUUCGUUAUCCUCGACGACGUCGACGACGUCCUCGUCCUCCUCGUCGUCUUCAUCGUACACUUUCUUCGUACCGACGGACCAGGCGUUUAACAAGCUGGGCUCUACUCGGCUCCAGCGUAUAAUGAACGAUCUUCCCUACCUGCAGCGGACAAUCAAGAACCACCUGGUGGACAAGAUGAUGGCAUCAGAAGCCUUCAAGCCCGAUUUGUUCUACGACGUCCCAACGCGGCAGGAUGUUGUAGAUGUCGUAAAGAAGAAUGGAAAGCUUAAGGUGAACGACGCGACGAUGGUGAACUGCGAUAUUGUGAAUACGAACGGUGUGAUCCACGUUAUAAACGAGGUCCUGCUGCCAGAGCAAUGACCGGAGUUUUGCAUGACUUCGCGUCAUCGUCGUAAAAUUCGCCACGACAGGAAAUCGUAUAUAAUUCGCCGUAUGCAUCCAAUAAUCCCUCAGUCAAACGAGUGAAAUCAUUUAAAUACCACAAUAAAAGUUCUUUCGGGAAUUUCUGCAAUUGACCUAUCGUAUACGUCAUCUAAGAUCGAGACUCAUCGUAUGGCUGUAUAUGGCUGUUCCUGUUACUGUGUAUUGAGUGACUUGCCACGUUAAACAUUCUGCAAGGAAUUCGGAAGAACCUACAGUCGUGGAACGCAGAAUGGCAGCAGUAAGAAGAAUACAUUACGUUUUUACACUAAUUCAUCUCGACGACGCGUCUUUGUCAGCGCGUUUCACCGCACAACGUUUCUUGUUAGGUCAUGUAACGGUACCUUUACCAGUAUUUAUCUCAACGGAUUAUUACUUUCUGGAGAAGUGACCCACGUCUCAACUUUUUUAACUUUUUUAAUAACACUUAAUGCGACCAACUGAUUAUCACAAUUAACUAAUUUGUCAUUUGUAUUUAAUGCGUUGUAGUUUAUAGUGGAUAAAUCAUGUGAUGACAUUAAAAUAAAUUCCAUUUGUAUUUUUAUUACUCUUGA